AUGAACCCAAACGACCUCUUCCUCCGCUCGCACGCCCGGGCCGAGUCAUCACAACAGCCCCAGCACACGCACAACACGCGCGGACAAGCGUCCGCAUCGAAUGGCGCGCCCUCGAGCGGUGUGGACCAGAAGCCACUCGACGCGCAGAUGAUGCUGGACGAGGCGGGUGCGGGUGCGGCAGAGGCGGGCGAGGGUCAGAAAUCGAGGAGGGAGUUGGAGCAGGAAAGGAAGGACCUGGAGCUGGCGCAGCUGCUCGAGAUGAUGGACGACUACAAGCCUGUCAUCCCGGACGAGGUGACCGACUACUACCUCCAACGAGCAGGGUUCGACACGAACGACGUCCGAGUAAAACGCCUCCUCGCCCUCUCAGCCCAACGGUUCGUCUCCUCAAUCUCAGCCGACGCCUUUCAGUACGCCCGCGCACGAACAGCCGCCGGUCCGUCUGGGCGAGCGAACGUUACCGGGACGAGUGCGGCGGUUGGACCGGGCGCGACGGGUGCAACCGGUGGGAGCGGAGGAGCGGCGGGACAGCCGAAGGCGAAGGGCCGGCAACGCACCGUCCUCACGAUGGAAGACCUCUCGGCAGCGCUCAAGGAGUAUGGCGUCGACGCAGGAAGAGCACCUUACUACCUGUAG